GACAAGACUUCGCAUUUGCUUCAUUGAGGAUCAGCUCUCCUAGCUAGCACAGAAUGUCAGUUCUUGUGAAGAACUCCUUUAAAUGCAAUAUCACCGGACUGUGGCUCAGCAGCAGGUGUUGGUGACUUCUUUGUCAUUCCGGACCAUCAAAACAACUACUGCCUUUCAGCUGGCUUCCAUGACCUGGAAAUCAGUUAUAGCUUUAUGAUUCCCCAUGGAGGAUAUUUCACUAAAAUGCAGUUUGUAUGAAAAUACCAUUUCCCAGAAGGAUAAACAGAGAAGGCAUAAUAACCUCUGCAAACUCUUCUAUAAACUUCAAAGAGUUCAUCAGUGCGAGCUGAGCUCCUUCCCUGAAUGAAUUCAAGUAACCCUGGUGCUUGCCUUCUGCCAUGACCAGCAGAUGCAAGUCUGUGCAGAGGCUACCUAAGGUCUGAUCUCCAGCGCUCGGGUACCCGGUCCAGCCAAGGAAGUCCCGGUAUGGAGUUUUCAACAACGACCGCCAGUUCCGUAGCUGUGCAGGCUGGAGACUCCAAAAUUGUGAUUGCUGUCUUAAAGUGUGGCAAAUUGGUACAACUUCAGCUGGUUGAAUCACAGCCCAAUCUUCUAGAAAUUGGUAGCAAUCAAGAGGAAACCAAAAAACUUCUUCAUGACCAUGAACUUCUUUUGGCAAAACUUAAGGCUUUGGAAGAUCAGGUAUGGGAACUCUUACAGGAAGCAGACAAAACAGCUGAAGAGAAUAAGGAUCAGAGUCAGGUGUAUGAAGCCAUGGCCCAGACCCUGGGUGAAGCAUGGGAAGGCCUUGUAUUCAUGCUUGAAAGAAGAAGGGAACUGCUUACGCUGACCUCUGAAUUUUUUGAAAAUGCUCUGGAGUUUGCAAUUAAAAUAGAUGAAGCUGAAGAUUUCCUCCAGAAUACUCAUGAAUUUGGAAGUACCGAGUCCCUAAAAUCUCUUCUUCAGCUUCAUGAGCAUCAUACUAAAGAACUUCUAGAAAAAUCCCUAGCACUUCUAAACAAGAGUCAACAACUCAAGGACUUUAUUGAAAAAUUCAAAUUUGGUGGGCCUAAUAUGAAUCCUGAAUUAAAUCAAGGAGCUCAAAGCAGCUGUCUGAAGAUAGACAGCCUUCUCGAACUUCUACAAGACAGAAGAAGGCAACUUGACAAGUACCUGAAGCAACAAUGGCAGGAAUUGAGUCAGGUUCUGCAGAUAUGUCAGUGGGACCAACGAGAAAACCAGGUUACUUGUUGGUUUCAGAAAACUAUAAGAGAUUUACAGGAGCAGAGUCUAGGUUCAUCACUUUCAGACAAUGAAGAACUGAUUUGUAAACAUGAGGAACUGGUUGUAAAAGCAAAGGAAUGGAAUCUGGCUGUGGAGAAGCUGGAGCGUGAGGCCCUGGGGAUUCUGCUGUCAAAAGAGCACGUGGAGAAUGACCAUUUACAGCUCUCCAAUCAGAAACUGAACCGGCUUCAAGAAGAAUUUGGUCGGCUCCUGGCAGAGAGGAAAACCUGGUUACAAAAGGCAAAUGAGUUUUUUAACAGUGCUAACAAGGCAUUUGAUGUACUUGGAAGAGUUGAAGCUUACCUUAAGCUCCUUAAAGCAGAAGGUUUAAGUCUGCCUAUCUUGGCAGCAAAGCAUGAGGAAUUACACCAAGAAAUUAAAACCUGCACGACUGAUGCUUUGCAGAAGGGACAAACCUUAAUCAGCCAAGUGGACUCUUGCAGCUCUCAGGUGGCCGGUGUCCGUGAGAUGGUGGGAUGCAUUCAGAGACGAGUGGAUCAUCUGACUGAACAAUGUUCUGCACACAAGGAACUUGCUCUUAAGAAGCAGCAGUUAACGGCAUCGGUGGAGGGCUGCCUAAGGAAGGUGGAAAUGUCAAUUCAGAAAAUUAGUCCAGUACUUUCCAAUGCAAUGGAUAUUGGCUCUAGCCUUCAUGAAUCUGAGAAGAUUUUGAAUAAAUAUCUGGAACUAAAUAGCCAAAUUAAGGAGACAUCACAUGAAUUAGAAACAGCUGUAAAAAUGAUGACAGAGAAAAAUGAAUUUGAACUUGACGAAGUGGCUUCACUUUCUUCUAAAGCUAACUGGCUAAAGGAAGAAUUACACAUAUUUACUCAAAGCAUUGUUUUCAGGUCACAACUCCUGCAAGCUUAUGUGACAUUCCUUAAGUCAUCAAAGGAGGUGGAGGAACAGUUUCAGAGCCUAAAGGAGUUUUAUCAGACUGAAACGCCUCAAAAGGAAGAGGAUGAUGUUAAAGCAAAGAACUGGUCUGAAAAGCAGUGGCAGCUAUUUUUAAAGAAGAGCUUUUUCACCCAAGACCUAGGGCUUGAGUUCCUUAACUUAAUAAGUAUGGCAAAAGAGAAUGAGAUAUUAAACAUGAAACAGGAAAUAAACAUUAUGGACAACACUAUCGGAAACCAAAAGGCAAGAAGAGAAGAGCUUAGUCACCAUCGGAUGGCGUGGCAACGGAAAGCCGCUGAAAGUAAGCCUUUGAAACAGCAGUGGGGGGCAUUUAAGGAGAAGCUUAAAAAGACUGCCCACAACCUAAAGCUCCUUGAGGAGGCACUUAUGCCCACUUCUGCACUUGACCUUGGAGGGAGCCUCCAGACCAUUCUAGACCUACGACAAAAAUGGAAUGAGAUGAAGCCUCAGUUCCAGCAAAUGAAUGAUGAAAUCCACUACCUUAUGAACGAAUCAGAAGACCUGAGUGACCGAGGAGCCCCUGUAAGAGAGAAGUCUCAACAGCUGAAGGACCUUCUUCACCUGCAUCAGAAACAGAAAGAGAGAAUCCAAGAUUAUGAGCUUGUCCUAUACAAGACGGUGCAGUUCCACCGAGUCAAAGAAGAGCUAGGACAUCUCAUCACAUCAAGAGAAAAAGAGUUUCUGGGGCAGCUGCAGGAACUGGAUGUGGCUCAUGAUGUCCAGAUUCAUCUUACCCGCUCUCAGGAGAAGCAGACCCACGUAGAGCAUCUUUAUAAACUGGCCCUUUCCUUAGGAGCAGACAUCAUCUCAUCAGUGCAUUGGCCUAACUGCUCUAAUGUCUCAGCAAAGAAGCUGCAGCAGCAGCUGGAGGGUUUGGAAGAGGACAGCCGGACCUGGAUCAUCCGGGCUGAGGACUGGGACCGGACGCUGGCCCGCAGCUUGCAGUACUGCAACUUAAGAGAUGAGAUCAAUGAGCUCAAAGAAUCAUUCAAAGAUACCAAAAAGAAAUUCAACAAUUUGAAGUUUAACUAUUCUAAGAAAAAUGAAAAAACUCGAAAUCUGAGGACUCUUAAAUACCAAAUUCAGCAAGUUGAUACGUAUGGAGAAAAAAUACAGGUUUUGAAAAGGAAAAUAGAAAAAAUUAGUAAUAAAGCUUCUGAUUUGUUCUUCAAUUAUCCAAGUAACAAAGUUAAUGUCCUCUCGGAAACCCUGAAGGAUUUGCGGAAACAUGUGGAUGACUUUGACAAAGUGGUUACAGAUUACAGAAGAAAUUUGGACCUGACAGAGCAUCUUCAAGAAAUAAUAGAGGAGUGUCACUUUUGGUAUGAAGAUGCAAGUGCCACAGUUGUGAGAGUUGGGAAAUAUUCCACAGAGUGCAAGACAAAGGAAGCUGUGGAAAUUCUGCACCAGCAGUUCAAGAAGUUCAUUGCACCCUCAGUGCCGCAGCAAGAGCAGAGGAUCCGGGAAGUUACUGACCUGACUCAACGCUUGUAUGGUGUGGAAGAAGGGCAGAAAUAUGCUGAGAAAAUCAUGGCAAAACAUGAAGAGGUUCUUGAAUCCAUUAAUGAAUUAUGUGGCUCACUGACAGAGCUUGAAGAAAAACUGAAGCAGGGAGAUGUCUUAAAGAUGAACCCAUAUUUGGAAGAUGUCCACAGUGAUUGCAUUGACUUAUUAAAGGAACCAGCAAGAAAGAGGCAGACAAUGUUCAAAGGAGGAAAGAGUCAGGAUCACGUGCAAGUGACUGAUGUUUGGGCCGUGGACAACUCAGGGGAAGAGAAGCUUCCACAGCACCUGGGGCAGCUGUCCUCGGCCAAAGAAGGUGGCCUCCACAGCCUACCCCUGCCUGAGGAUGUGCUGUCGGGAGAAGAAUCUGAGUGUGUCUUGCCUGAUGACAUCUCCUUGCCCCCACUCCCGAGAAGCCCAGAGUCCCCCCUUUUGCCCUCUGACAUGGAGGUGGAGGAGCCACCUGGCCUUCAUUCCCCCAGCCUUCCCAUCAGCAGCUGUCAGAUGCAGACAGGGGCCAGAAGUCACGGGCAGACCCAGGAAUCUGUUCUUCCUCCACCUGCUGCUUUUGCUGAUGCAUGCAAUGAUAAGGGCACAACAUUUUCAAGUCAUUUUGCCAGGCCUGGUCCCCAGUUCAAAUCCGAGCCCCCUGUAACCUCAGGAAGAUUCCCGGAAAAGAGUAUUGCCUUGUACAAAUCCCACGCCAAGCAUCCUGAAAGCAUGCCAAGGGAAGUGCAUGAGAGGCCCUCCCAGCAGCACCCUCAGGCUCAGGAAAGUGUGGGUCAAAUGCAUGCUGAUAAUAACGUCACUAAAACCCAAGAACCAGAGCAGCUGCAUGCUGCCUCUGACACGACCUCCAGCCUCAGCUUUCAAUCCAGCUCCAGCCGGGGAUGUCAGAGGCAAGUGGUUCCCCAGGAAGAAGUUAGAAGCACAGCAACAAAGAACCACGUGGUCAGCCUAGCUGGCCAGGCUCCUAACUUCUCCAGGCUCCUGUCUAAUGUAACUGUUGUGGAAGGUUCUCCAGUGACUUUGGAAGUUGAAGUAACAGGAUUUCCAGAGCCUACACUGACAUGGUACAAGAAGGGCCAGAAACUGUCUGCAGAUGAGCAAUUGCAGGUUGUACACAAGGAGACAAGGCAUUCGGUGUUCAUUCCGAAGGUAUGCAAGGCAGAUGCAGGUCUGUAUGUGGCUCGGGCCCAAAAUUCCAGUGGAGCUCUCUCUUCCCAGGCCAUCCUCCAUGUGACAGGUAACAGCAGGCCACCCAUCACAAGGAUAAACUGGAUAACACUCGGUGUCCUCUACCUUAGUGUCUCCUUAAUACACUGGCUACUCACUCAGUAACUCUGCUGUUGACAUGAAUGGACAUUUUCCUUGCUACCUGGAGGCGCAGUACAGUUGUUUUGCACAAAACAUUCCCGUGCAAGUGUAUUUCUUCUCUGGCUAUCUUGUUUACUUGGCUAAUACUACCUAGGGAAAACAAGCAAAUUUUCUCCAGUAUUUAAUGUAUUUGAGAAAAGUUACAGUGAGUGAGAUUUUUCUAGAAGGCUAUGUGUACAAUAUAAUCUGUAGCAAAACUAUAUCACACUUAUUGCUGCCUGAUACUUUAAAUCAUGCAACAAUUUAAUUACCGUGUAAGAAUUGUACAUUUUAAUCGAUUAUUAUGCAAUAUUUCGGUAGUUGUAUACAGUCUAAGGUGAUCAGAUCAGGCCGUUUGCAUUCGCAUUUAUCUAGCUCAUGUUCAGAGCCUACUAACUCUUCUCUUUCAGUUCCUUAAUCAGAAUGUAACGUAUUUUUGUGAGCAACAGUCACCCCACUGUGCUGUGGUACACUAGAGCCGAUUACUUCUAAUUGUGUCAUGUUUUCCAUUGUCCAUUCCACCCAUAUCCUUCCCAGCAUCUAACAAUCACUAGUGUAGGUUUAGAUUUUCUUAAAUCUCCACAUAUGAGAAAGAACAUGUGGUAUUUAUUUUUUGUGUGUGUUUACGGCUUGCACCACUUAACUUAAUGAUUUCCUGUUCCAUACAUUUUGCCGCAAAUGUCAGAAAUUCAUUCAUUCUUUUUAUUUUAAGAUUUAUUUAGUCAUUUCAGAGGCACAGUUGAGAGAACAAGAGAGAGAGAGAGAAACCUCCUAAACACUACCUCAUUCUCCAAAUGGCAAUAACAGCUGGGAGUGGGCCAGUUCAAAACCUAAAUGGGCCUGGAAUUCCAUUUAGGCCUCCCAAAGGGGUGACAGGGGCACAGCUACUUGGGCUAAUUUCUACUGCCUUUUCAGGCACAUUAUCAGGGAGCUGGAUUAGAAGUAGAGCACUCAGGAGUCAAGUUAGUGCCCACAGGGGAGGCCUACAUUAUAGACAACGAUCUAACUCUGCACCACAGUGCUGGCCUCAGGAACCUGAUACGACUGAAUAAUAUUCCAUUAUAUGCCACGUUCAUUUGUUGAUAGGUUGAAUCCAUAUCUUCACUGUUGCAAAUUGUGCUAUAGUGGACCUGGGAAUAUAGUUGCCUUUCUCAUGUGCUCAUUUUAUUUUCCUUGAGUACCUUCCUAGGAGUAGAAUGGCAAAACUGUAUGGUAGAUUUAUUUAUAGUUUUCUGAGCAGCCCCAUACUCUCCUCCACACUGUGUGUGCCAAUUCACAUUCCCACCAACAAAGAAGAAAGUUUCCUCUCCAUGUCUUCACUAGCCUUUGCUAUUUGUUGUUCAUUCCAACUGGAACAAGAUGAUAUAUCAUUGCAGUUUGCAUAGGUAUCUCCCUGAUGCCCCUGAUAUUGAAUAUAUUUUGUUGGCCAUUUUUUGUGUGUUGAAU